AUGUCCAAGCGAAUGAGAGGGCGUCAAGAGGCCACGAGCGGCUACUCCAAGCCCGUCUCGCAAUAUGACUUCAUACUGUCUCUGGGCAAUGAAGACUGGCGUUUGGUUGCGUAUCGGAAUGCUCGUCUAUUUGUCAAUUGUUACGUGUUUUCCGUGGAAUGCAGUGAUGCUCCAUUGUCGUCGUCGCUCUUGGCCCCGUGCCCAGCUCAUGCGUCGUUUCUGGGGGAAAACUCAAGACUGGACAAACGUUGUGGAUACAACCAAGCAACAAGCAACGCUAUCUCAUGUUCUUCUCUUGAUGUAGUAGAGGGCGGUUUUCCGCCCUCAAAGAUCUAUGCACACAAAGGGCCACCCGGGGGUCAUUCCCGUCCAUAA